AUGGCCAGAAAAGUAUCAAACUCGAUAUGCGCGAUCGGGAGCAUGCAAAAGAUGAGGUUCAUGAGGAUGUUCGCAAGUGUAUCUACACCCAAGCGUGGCCUCGACUUUGACUGGGACGAAAUAGGGCACUCACGCACUGCGGAGUUUGGUGAUCAGACAUACUUUACCUGUCGCUGGCAUAAAGAGGGCACUUGGGAAACUAGUGGUGUUGGAAGUAACCUGGCCACUGCUCAGAGGGAAGCGAAACGGGGUGGGGGGGACUGA